GCCGCGCCAUUUCUCCUCAAUUUCUCGCGUUUCUCUCUCUGUUUCCCCUGCUGCUUCUUCCUCCGUAGGCGGUUCCGGUGCUGAAUACUCUGUUUUCUUCCUGUCGUAUGCUUUCUGCGUUCUCGGUGAACCAUGAUCGGAUAGUUCUUGCUCCAAAAGUAGGAUUUAGGGUUUUAUUUCUGAAGAAAUCAGACUUUGACGAUGUUUCCUUUCUUUUCUGGAUGGAAGAUAGAGUAGGCUUUUGGGUUUUACUACUGAUGCUCACACAAAUGUUCUAUGGGUGACUUCUUCGAAUCUACAGACCAAUUGUAUGAUUCCAAAGCAAAACGGAGGAGGAAAAUAGCUGGUAUAGAUCAAGAAGAACUGUUGGAACCAACAAUGUUGGCUGAUCCUGAUAGUUGCUUCUGUAAGUUUAAUGAUUUGGAAGUACACUACAAGGUUUAUGAUCCGGAAUUACAAGGGGACACCUUAUUCCAGACUCAAACUACGACCCUGACCCCAAAUCCAAGUCCAACUCUGCCUGUAACUUCGUCUCCUCAUCAGACUAAAAAGAUUGGUCUUCCUAUGAUUCUCUUACAUGGCUUUGGAGCGUCUGUUUUCUCAUGGAAUUGGGUUAUGAAGCCUUUAGCUGAUAUUACUGGUUCCAAAGUUUUGGCAUUUGAUAGACCAGCCUUUGGAUUGACUUCAAGAGUGAAUUAUUUGGGGCAUUCUUCUCCUGGUAUGAAGGACGAAAAGCCUCUGAAUCCAUACAGCAUGGCGUUUUCAGUCCUUGCUACUCUCUAUUUUAUCGGUUUCUUAGGAGCUGAAAAGGCAAUCUUGAUUGGGCAUUCAGCUGGCUCGCUUAUAGCAGUAAAUUCAUACUUCCAAUCUCCACAAAGUGUUGCUGCUUUGAUCCUUGUUGCCCCAGCAAUUCUGGCUCCUUUUGGGGCUAAAAUUCGCGAAGACAGCCCGGUCCAAGAGAAUGUCUUCGAUUCAAAUGCUGUAGGGAAUCCAGUGAUCCGGCUGUUCAAGAUUCUGUCAGAGGUGGCCAAGCUCAUUGUUCAGUCGAUAAUGCAAAUGAUGAAAGGAAUUCUAGAAAUUGUUGACUCUUUGUACAUAAAACUUGUAUCAGCUAUUCUACGUUCGACCUUGAUUCGAAUGUUGGUACGGCUGAUUAUUGAUAAAGCUGGUUUUGUUGCUAUUAAGAAUGCUUGGUACGAUUCUGCUCGAGUAAAUGAGCAUGUGCUACACGGCUAUACAAAGCCAUUGAGGACAAAAGAUUGGGACAAGGCACUUGUAGAAUUUGUUGCGGCAAUGCUCACAGAUAGGGCUUCCCCACCACUUUCAAAAAGACUACACGAAAUUUCCUGUCCUGUUCUUAUCAUAACUGGUGAUAGCGACAGGCUCGUGCCCUCUUGGAAUGCUGUGAGACUUUCUCAAGCCAUACCAGGAUCUCACUUGGAGGUGAUCAAGCAUUGUGGCCACCUGCCUCAUGAAGAAAAAGUGGAUGAGUUUGUAUCAAUUGUUCAAAAGUUCUUGAAUAAAACUCUUGCCGAUUCGCAGAAACCGUAAUUUAAACCGCUACGCAGGCCUCCAUACUGUUAGAUUUGUUUAAAACUUGGGAGUUUUGAGGUAUAUGUAUUGCAUUUAAUCCUUGAUUUGGAUGGUCCUGUUCUUACUAUUGCGGUGAAAUGGAGGAACCUUCUUGUUGGGUUUCAUAGAGCACAACUGCUCAAGGUUUUUGAUACAAUAAGAGUUCCUUAAUUUCAUUUUACAAAAUUGUAUCUGACUAUGGAGCAAGACCUGGGAAAUAGUUGUAAUUGUUGCUUAACUUUGUAUC